AUGGCCCAGAGAAACUGUUUAUCUCCAGUAAACUCCACGUUCUCCAGCGCAGGAAAUGAGACCAUUGUGGAUAAUAAAAUCGCCACCACUAUGGGCGCCCUCAUCCUCAGCCUUGUCUUUCUCUUGGGCUUCCCCGGAAACCUCUUCAUCAUCUGGAGCAUCCUAGCACGGGCCCGAAAGCACAACGUCACCACCCUCCUCAUCCUCAACCUGGCCAUCGCAGACGGCUCCCUGAUGGCUCUCACCCCGUUCUUCAUCGUCUACCUGGUCAUGAAGACGUGGGUGUUUGGGAACGUGAUGUGCAAGAUCCUUUUCUACCUGUGUCUGGCCAACAUGUACGCCUCCAUCCAGCUCAUCAUGCUGAUGAGCGUCUACAGGCUGGUGGCCGUGCUGUGGCCUCGACGGAUCAGCGUCAUCACCGGCCGGAGGACUGUCAUGCGGGUGCUGGCGGUGGUUUGGGUGCUGGUGAUGAUCGCCUCCAUUCCUGCACCUAUCUUCAGAGAAGCGAGGUGUAAGGGCCCCAUCUCAGUCUGCGAUUCAUAUCACGAUAAAGACAGCGAAGUGGUCCUUCAGUACAUGCUGGAGCUGGUGCUGGGGUUUUUAAUGCCCUACACCGUCAUCGUCAUCAGCUACUUUUGCAUCUUGCGGCGGAUCCGACAGACCAAGUUCAACCGUCGCAUUCGAAGCGAGAAGCUCAUCUUGGCCAUCGUGCUGACCUUCUGCCUCUUCUGGCUGCCCUACCACGUCGUCAACAUGGUGCAAGUUACCUGGGCUUUGUAUCCACCUGGUCCAGUAAAAGAUAAAUUAGGUGAAAUAUGGCACAAGAGUCGUGCCGUCACCUCCUCCAUAGCCUUCAUCAGCAGCUGUGCCAACCCGGUGCUCUACUUCUUCGCAGGAAAGUCGUACAUCCGACGAGAAGGGCUGGCAUUCAUGGCUCGCUUGUUCGAGGGCGCGGGAAUCGACUCGGGUACCAGGAAGAGCCGACAGAACAGCCAGAACAGCCGUGACAAAGACAAAGAUGCAGGUAGCAUCAUGCUAAAGGACAAAGAGCCGGACUCUGUCACCAACUCGAGCUCAAACACUAAACCAGCAAAGAACGGUAAGUAGGGGAUGCAUGAGGCUUGAAGGUGGUGUGUCUCUGGAACAUUAAACCACUCAGGCCUUUAAAUCUCUCAUCCGUCCUGUCACAAAAGUUUUGACACGACUUCAUGCACAGCUGGUCCAUUCUCGUCCGAAAAAUAGUCAGCCGCUGCACGAAUCUUCAAAAUGAGACUGUUUCAAACUUUAAAAAGGAUACAACAUGCUUGAGGUGAUGCUCAGUACUCACAAUGCGGCAUCAUCAGAACUGUAAAUAUACAAUAUGGGCCUCGCUCGGCUCUGAACUGUGCU